AUGACCAUCGACUACUUUUGCAAUACACCAUCCGAUCAGUGGGAUUUGAUCCAUACCAUUGUAUCGUACGAUACCCAGGCUACCCAUAGCUCUUUCCGCAGCUUGUGUCAAGCUAUUGAACGUGAUUUGAUCCAGUUCAAAGAAACAACAGAGGAUCAAGAAAAGAAAGUCUUGGUGGACAAGCUCCUUGAGAAUGUCAAGACCUUCCUCAACUUGAAGUGCAUGAGCCAUGAAGAGCAGGCGUCGACUCAACAACAACAAGAACCUACAACAACGGCUGCUGCUGGUUCUGGUACUGCUGCUGACGAUAGUUCCAACGCCGGUACUCAACCACUUACUCAACAAUCCCAAGAUGCUUGA